AUGUAUUUAAUACCGGGAGAUUUAGCUUUGUCACGGAAAUAUCACGAGAAUGGAAGCACGUUAUAUGCGAAAGAUGCAUGUUUGCUCGGUGCUUUCGCUACUUUCCAUAAUGUUCCCAAUCAGAAGUUGACACCUCCCAGAAGGGAAAUUUGUUGUAUAGCGUUGAAAUUGAUGCAAGUGACGCGAAGGAUGCAGGUUUCAAUACUUCGUGUGUGUGCUUGCUUUCCCUUCAGCCCUUAA